UACGGCCGUCCCCUAGAGGCUAAGAGUCAAGCGGCAGUGGGCAAACAACCGCUCCACCGACGAUCUUUAAAGUGAUAUAUACGUACCAGCAAUAGAUAGAUAGCUGCUCUAGGCCGUACCCAUUCAAUCUUUACUGCCAGUUGGCUUGGAAAUUUCGACGUCGAGCCAACCGUUUCCAGUGUUUUAAGGGUCAAGUGGUCGAAUCAGCCGAACGAGUUUUGGCUAUUAGCUUCGAAGCUGGCCUGUUUCAGGACUAAAGUAAAGGUCGACAUUAUUUGUUCUGUGACUUGGGAGGCUUCCACAGUUCUAUCAGCGAUCGGCACUGUGUUUUCUCAGUUUCGGAGGACAUAAUGGCGGAUAUCCAGUUAGGAUGUUACACUAUAAAGUCCCAUGGAGCCAAAGUGGCAAGACUCCACAUGUAUGACUGGAUAAUACUUCUCCUCCUUGCUGUCAUAGAUGGACUGUUGAAUAUAAUCGAGCCUUUUCACCGCUUCAUUGGGAAGGACAUGAUGACUGACUUGAGAUAUCCAUUAAAGGGCAAUACUGUGCCCUUUUGGGCUGUUCCGCUCAUUGGAAUUGUCUUGCCAUGUGUCAUCUUUGGUGGAAUUUACUUCAAGAAGAAGAAUAUCUAUGAUUUGCACCAUGGCAUACUGGGUAUUCUUUAUUCGGUGCUCAUAACUGCGGUGAUUACUGAUGCCAUUAAGGAUGGAGUUGGCCGACCACGUCCUGAUUUCUUCUGGCGCUGUUUCCCAGAUGGAAAGGAUCUCUAUGAUAAUGUCACUACUGGCGUUCUGUGCCAUGGAGAGAAGAGUGUCAUCAAAGAAGGUCACAAGAGCUUCCCAAGUGGACACUCAUCAUGGUCUUUCGCCGGCCUAGGCUUCCUUACAUGGUACUUGACUGGGAAAAUCGCAGUUUUUGACCGUAAAGGUCAUAUUGCAAAGCUGUGCAUUAUUGUUCUGCCUCUACUUACUGCUGCACUUGUUGCUGUUUCUCGAGUGGAUGACUACUGGCAUCACUGGCAAGAUGUGGUUGCAGGAGCUGUUCUAGGUCUCACAGUGGCUUCAUUUUGUUACCUGCAAUUUUUCCCAUAUCCUUAUGAUGCAGAUGGACUGUGGCCUCACGCAUACACCCUCCAGCUAGCCGAGGCACGCAACAGUGGCAUUGCAAACUCCUUCAGCGUGCGACCACCCACGGAGACCGAAGAAGGGGAAGGUCAGGGUGGGAUCGCCCUAAGAGACACGAGUCCUAUUCUCGACACCAUGGAGUCUGGCAGGAGAUAUGGAAACUAGGAGGACCGGACCAUACGACUAGCUGAAGUACCAUGAUCGUCCUGACCUUCUUCAUGGGCGUGUUUUCGAUACACAUGGCAGGGAAGAGCUGUUUUCUCAUGGACAGUUUGGUGUAUUAUAGAGCUGUCGUUUCGUCAACCUCUGUAUGGGUUUUCAGUGUUUAAUAGAGGUUUGGUUUGUGUUAACUGGAUAGUUAGCCUCGUAAGGAUCAGCUGUACAUUACCUAGUGGAGUGCUUCGUCGUCCACGGCGGUGAACAUGUUGCAUUAUUUCUUGCUCUCUGCCCCCUGAGUCCCUGAGCGAUGGUUGAUCUUGCUCUUGAGCAAGCAGUAUGUAUACAUGGUUGACUUGUUACGCGAAGUGUGAAGUUUGGUUGUCUGCA